UCUCACGUCAUGGCCUCUUCAGCUCACAAGCAAUCUCAACACUUAACAAAUCUCUACGGCGGCGCCACCUCAGCGCCGCCGCCAACGCCGGCGACACACUCCAACGACCUCUUCUCAACUUCGGACACCGCCGACGCACUCUCGCGCCUCCUCCACCGUCUCCCACCGAACCUCUCCCUCCCCACUCGCCGUUCCUCCUCUGCUUCCGCCACGUGUCCUCCCACUCUCUCCCUCUCCUCGCAAAACGACAUCCUCUCAUGCGUUUCUCAACUGGGUUACGCCCAACUCACCGAUCACUCCGUUCCUUCCGAACUCGCCAACUCGGCUGAGUCCGAAGCGCUCGCUCUCUUCGACCUCUCUCGCCACCAGAAGGAGUCGUUCUUCCCCAACAACUGGCCUCUCGGUUACGGUGGCGGCGAUGACGACGAAGAAGACGGGUUCGCCGAGUCGUUCCGCUUGGACUCGUCGUGUACGACCGAGUCGAACGAGUUAACACUGGGUUCUCUUCGCGAGUUCGCACGUGCCCUUGAGAACCUGGGGCUUAAGAUCAUCGAUGAGUUAACCAAUGCCUUGGGGUUGGAAAACCCGUUGGGGAAUGACCCGGCCCGAUUUUGUUCGGUGAUGUGGGUAACGGAGUGUUUGGCUUCACACGGAAAUAAACCUGGUUUGUCGGGUGGGUUUUACCCGUUUAUAAUCGGGUUGCAGUAUCAGAUAAGGAGUCAGAAACACUCGUUGUUGUCGGAUUCAGGAUCGGUUUCUGUGUUGCCACACGUGGACUCGAUCUUGCUUACUGUUGGCGAUAUUGCUCAGGUGUGGAGCAAUGGCAAGUUAAAGAAAGUGAGAGGCAGAGCAGUGGGCACAGUGGGAGAUGAAAAUGAUUCACGCAGCAUAACAAUGUCAUUGCUAAUAACUCUUCCUACAGAGAGCAAUGUGGCUCCACUCCUUCCCAAGGCAACCCUUGAGAGCAAUAACAAAGACCCAAAAGAAGAAGCUGAAGAAGAGAACAAUGCUGGUGGUGAAGGAGAAGAGAGGGUGUUCAAUUCUUUUGAUUUUGAGGACUAUGCUUGGAGGGUCUAUCAUGAACGCAUCCUUUUCAAAGAUCCAUUGGAUAGGUAUCGUGUUACUUCAAAGUUGGAAUUGUCUCUCACUGGCUGAUCAUCCUGUUAUUUUUUCUUUCAGCCUUGAGUUUGUGUGAGAUUUAUUUGUCGUGCUAGUGUUAGUGCAUUAAGCUUUGAAUUUCGGAUUGUUUAAAAACAAAACAAAAAAAAAGAAUUGAGAGCACUACAGUGAUGAGAUGUAUAUGCUUCAUUUAUUUAUUGGAUUGAUUUUG